AUGAAUGAAGACAAACAACAAGUAUCAACUGUCGUGUGUACAGAUGGAGGGACCGAGUGCGAUAAUAUUAUGCACUCCUCUUGUGAUACAACAACUGGAGUGUUAAAGUGUAAAUGUAACCCUGGCUACGAAGAGGAUUCGGUUGACGACAGCUCAUGCGUAAAGAAAAGAGUAUCAGAUGUCGUGUGUACAGAUGGAGGAACCGAGUGCGAUGAUAUUAUGCACUCCGCUUGUGAUACAACAACUGGAGUUUUAAAGUGCAAAUGUAAUCCUGGCUAUGAAGAGGAUUCGGUUGACGACAGUUCAUGCGUAAAGAAACAAGUAUCAACUGUCGUGUGUACAGAUGGAGGGUCCGAGUGCGAUAAUAUCAUGCACUCCUCUUGUGAUACAACAACUGGAGUGUUAAAGUGCAAAUGUAAUCCUGGCUACAAAGAGGAUUCGGUUGACGACAGUUCAUGCGUAAAGACUAUUGGAAGUGGUUGCACAGGAACUGAUGCAUGCUCAGGUGAUGUGAACUCAGUUUGUGAAAAUGAGAAGUGUACCUGUAAAGAUGGAUAUGGAGAAAAAAAUAAUGUUUGCACACUCACUGUAAGUGGAACUUUGUGCGCUGAAGAUGGAGAUGAAUGUGACAGUAUUGACAAUGCCGUAUGUGAUACUGGUACAUGUAAAUGUAGUCCCAAUUUCGUUAUGAACGUUGACGCGUGUGUACCUGAGAACACUGGUGCAUCUACAGGAGUUGGAGCUAUGACAAUUGUACUGUCUGUUUUCGCAACAAUUCAAGUGAUGUUCAGAUAA